UAUAAAAGUUGAAAUAUAAAAAAUGCUGAGAUUUCCUUGUCACUUUAACACUUUCUUAGUUAAGGUAAAAUUAUUGUUUACCGGAUAGAAAAUUACUCCAUUUAGAUCUGUCCUUCACGAGCGUGCUCAGAAGCUCUGGUUGGAGAUGACGAGCCUUCGGGAGAAACUGAACAAGGAGAUGGCUCUUUGGAGAAAAGAGAAAGAGGAAUUUCAGCUUUUACGCGAGAAAAGCGAUGCCAUUACAUUUGAAGAAGUAACCGCGGCCGCACGAGCCGCAGCUGUGGCCUAUGCCAUUGAAUCGCCGCUCUCGGGUGAUUUGGGUAACAUCGUUGACAUCACGUCGGAACGAAGCAUCCGGGAACUUGCAAUACUCGAGUACGAGAAGAAUCUCGCAAAGUAUCACGACCGAUAUUCCCUCGAGCAGGCCGAGCAACGUUACAACUCGUAUAGGCGUGUGCUCGCCGACGCCUACAAGCAGAAGCUGUCUGAAGUCGAGCGUCUCUGCGACGAGGAAUUGGAGAACAUACGACAAAACGCGAGCUGCCUAGAGCCAUUCAAGAAGAUUGCGUCGCACUGGUCCAUCGACGAGAACGAUCACGGUGAUUCGCAGCAGCACGACUGCGACGAUCAACACGAAUCCACGGACUCGUCUAAAAUUAUCGAGAUGAAUCCGAGCAACGACUGGUGCAUAUAUGGGAAGAUUGACAACGAGGUCAACAUGAUCCCAGAAAUUCUGUCCGCCCGUUUCAAACUGGAAGAAGCAUUAUUAUAGGAGCUUGUUAUCUUGUUCUCCACCUCGAUUAUUUUUAUUGUUAAUAUUAUUUUGUAAUUAAACGCUGCACAGCUUUAUAAUCGUAAGAAAAUAAGACUAGUGUUCUUUUUUUUGUUUGUAGCUAAUUAAACUGUGGUGACAUCACAGAUAGCACGGCAAUUUGGACCGCGUUCUGGCAGUAAUGAAGGCAAUUAAACUUAAUUUUUAUGAACUCAUAUUUCAGAUACGUACGUUAGAUAUACAUAUAUAAAUAUCAACUGUUAAACACUUUUAGUGUAAAUUUUGUUAUAUUUUACAAUUGGUAUUUGAGAUUAUUAUAUAUUUAUCUGAACCAAUGACAUAUUCAAAUUUUGUGUCGUAAUAUAUAUUAUAAAUAAAAUGUUGGUUCUUU